GCCUGCUUCUUUUGUAAUUCGGGUCUUUUGCCCUCUUUCCACUGCCUUGGCCGCGUGUCAGCAACCGUUUGUCGUUUUUGUAGUUCGAUUUUUGCUCCCCCGGUCGUCAAUUUUCUAUAAUGAAGAUCUUCAAAGACAUUUUCUCCGGUGACGAGAUGUUCUCAGACACCUACAAGUACAAGUUGAUCGAUGGCGUACUGUACGAGGUGUACGGCAAGCUGAUCACACGUAAACUGGGCGAUGUGACGCUUGACGGCGCCAACCCGUCCGCUGAAGAGGCCAGCGAAGCGAGUGAAGAAGCCGUGGAAAGCGGUGUGGACGUUGUGCUCAACCACCGUCUGAUGGAAACAUACGCGUUCCCGGAUAAGAAAUCGUUCACUCUGUACCUCAAGGAGUACAUGAAACGGUUGGUGGACAAGUUGAACGAGAAUGGCAGCACCGAGGUGGACCUCUUCAAAACUAAUAUCAACAAAGUAAUGAAAGAUCUACUAACAAGAUUUAAGGAUCUUCAGUUCUUCACUGGCGAAAAUAUGGAUAUCGAAAACGGCAUGGUGGCUAUGCUUGAAUACAGAGACAUUGGUGACGACAAUGUACCAGUGUUGAUGUUGUUCAAACACGGGCUCGAUGAAGAAAAAUUUUAAACAAAUAUUGAUUGAUUCAAUAUAUUUGCAACAUGAUUCGCUAGCCAACUACAUUAAGCGAUGUAAAAAUGAUUGUUUGUAAUAAAUUACUGUGUUUGUAUUUAUUCAUACUAAACCAUAAUCAAUUAAAUAAAUCUGAGAUUUGAUUAUU